AUGUCAGAUACAAAGGUCACAUCCGAGAACGUCGCCGAAGUCCUCCAGAAUGACACGCGCGUGAAGCUGGCCGGCGUUGAUGCCGACGGGCAGCUCAGAGGCAAGUUGGUCUCCAAGAAGAAGUUCCUCUCGGUGAUUGACGACGGGUUCGGUUUCUGCUCUGUCAUAUUCGGCUGGGAUAUGCACGAUCGGACAUACUUUCGAGAGCUCGAGAUCAGCAACAAGGAGAACGGGUACGGGGAUAUCCUGGCCAAGCCAGACCUGAGCAGCUUCCGGCGCAUUCCCUGGGAGAACAACGUGCCGUUCUUCCUGAUCAGUUUCUAUGACCCUGACACGAGGGAACCCUUGCUUGCAUGUCCUCGCGGGUUGUUGAACGAGGCGCUGCGCAAACCGGCUGCGAACGGGUAUCGCGCGAUGGCGGGAGCUGAAUUUGAGUUCUACCAGUUUGCUACACCCGACCGCAAUGCCUCGUCGACGGCUACCUUUCUUAAGGAGAACCCGGUUGAGACGCUGCCACCUCUCACGGAGGGAAUGUUUGGGUACAGUCUGACCCGUCCGAUCCACAACCAGGAGUACUAUUACGGCGUUUUCGACGCAUGCGAGCAGUUCAACUGUGAGAUUGAAGGGUGGCACACGGAGAGUGGACCAGGCGUUUAUGAAGCGGCAUUACAGUUCGGCGAGGCCAGUGAGAUGGCGGAUAAAGCGGGCCUUUUCAAAUAUGUCGUCAAAUCUAUUGGCACAAAACAUGGCAUCACGCCUACGUUCAUGGCGAAGCCCCGUGAAGGUUUACCUGGUAAUAGUGGUCAUAUGCAUAUAUCUUUGGUGAAUAGCGACGGCACAAAUGCGUUCUUCCGCCCAACCCCCGACCCCUCCCCGCCAUAUCCUGAUGUGGCUCAUCUUUCUGAUGUUGGACGGUAUUUCCUUGCCGGAAUCCUGACGGGGCUUCCGGACAUCAUGCCAAUGUUCGCGCCAACCGUCAACUCCUACAAACGCUUAGUGGAGAACUUCUGGGCUCCUGUUACGGUAUCUUGGGGUUUGGAGCAUCGGGCUGCCUCCAUCCGCCUGAUUACGCCGCCGGCCGCCAGUCCAAAGGCUACUCGCCUAGAGGUCCGUGUGCCAGGCGCAGAUGCCAACCCGCAUUUCGUACUGGCAGCUAUAGUCGCAUUGGGCUGGCGGGGUGUCGAGAAGAAACUCGAGAUCCCCGUCCCGCCGCUAUCCAAGGGCGAGGAUAUGGGUGGUGCGAAUGACAAGGGAGUGCGCCUUGCCAAAAAUUUGGGCGCUGCGACAGCCACCUUCAUGCACAAAGACAGUGUCGCACGGGAGGUCUUUGGGAAUGCCUUUGUUGAACACUUUGGCGGUACUCGGGAACAUGAGGUGCGCUUGUGGGAAGAAGCCGUGACCGACUGGGAGGUGAGACGGUAUAUCGAAACGGUCUAG